UGUACAUCUUGCAGCCGCUUUUCGAGCUUCCGUACACAAAAGAGCGCAGUCUGCGUGUACAGGUCGUUGUUGUCUUGUCGCUUUUAGUGCAAGCGAAAGUAUCUAGAUACUUUUUGGCAGAAGGUAGAGCGGUCUGCGGACUCAACGUGCAUUCCCCCUCACUCUUGAAUCGUUACGCUCUCAGACGAUGUCGUGAAAUUUUCUUUUUGAAUUUUCAUUUUGGUCUUGGAUCUUAAGACGUUUAUUGCGGAGGUAAGAUGGGGUUAGGCAUAGUCUAAUGGACUGAGGAGAGCUUAACUCUAGCCGUAGUGUAUGUUUUAGUUACCAACAAAGAGUCAACGGGUUAAGACGCGUCUUUGGGACUUCCGUUCGCGAUAUACAGGCAUUGAGUUUCUGGAUUUUCUUCUAUUGAAACGAUUUUCAUGGCUCGAAUGCAGCAUUCUUCCGAGUGGAUGGACUAUCUCUAUUUAUAAUAGUACGUCGUCUGUAGUGCUUCUUCUUGUCAAAUAUAUAAUCUGUUGCAUCACUGUCUUAAGUCUUCAGUCGUAGGAAAGUUGCGCGAUAGGCGAGAUCUAGGACUAGACGCGCAAGGACCUUCAUUAGUUCGGUAUCCGAUUUGUGUCCUUAAUUAUUUCCCGAUUUUUCAUUAAACUUUUGGCGCGAAUUACUUGUUUUUUUUUGGAAAUUUUGGCUCGGUUUAUUUUUUUUUAAUUUGAGUCCGGAUGAAACGAGCUCGGGACAGUCGCAUUAGUUACCAGUUCGGAGUAUUGUGAAAUAUAUCUGAGAUUUUGGAAACAAUAAUUCUGAAGGAUUAAAUGCAGUUUUGGAAGUGAAUACCAAUGGAUAAUAUGAGGUUUACAUUAUGACAAUAUAAUCAGUGUUGUGCUUUCGGAACUAUUAUAAGGAAUUCAAAAGAGACGCUUUCAAGCAAAGUGGACUACAGUUCAAUAUAAGAUAUUCCUUCCGGUGUUGUGUGAUUGUGCGGAAAAUUAUGUAUUUUCCGAUCCCAUGAGCGGCUAUUGAUAUAUUUGUGAAUCGCUAUGGAAUCCCCUCAGAUGUAUGACACUGUACAAACACUGUCACAAUUGGACAUUAAAAAAGACUUGGUUGGACAACAGAAUAAUUUGACAAUGGCAAAUAAUAAUAACAAUAGCAGUGUUACCGCGAAUAAUAAUAACAAUCCAUCAGCUGUUAAUAACAAUAAUAAUUCGGCGGCUGCAUCGCUUCAUCACAAUCCUCUGGUUGUGAAGCAACAACAGACAACGCAUCAUAUGCAACAGGCAGCUGCCGUUAAUAAUAAUAACAACAAUAAUACGGCGAACAAUAAUAGCAUAUUGCAGAAACAUAUGCUCCAACAAUAUACACAAAAUGAUUUGGACGAAUUGACCGCACAGGAGAUCACUCUCGAUCUCCAACACUUGAUCGAUGACCAAUUUCGGGAACAGGAGGCUCUGGGCAUUUUCGCAGAUAUGGUCCCUAGUCAAUCUACUAAUAGCCCGCUGCAAACGAAUGGAGCAGUUUCCGCGGCAGCUAAAGUGCUUCAGUUACAACAGCAACAGCAUCAGCAAAACCUUAGGCAACAGAGCCAUGGAUACGGCCGCAACGCACUAGCUUACAUGCCGCAGGCUGUCCAUUCCGGAGCCACAUACGGGAAUAACUCAAGCGACGAAAACAGUUCUGUGAAUUCGGAAGCUUCGACAAUCAAAGAGGAGCCCAUAGACCCUCAAGAGUACCGCAGACAGUUAGCUGCUUCCGCGGCUGGCGCUCAGUUCUUAACUGGAACAACUACCAAUGGAAAUACCUCAAACGGCCUCUACUCCCUCAACUCUAGUUCUUAUGCUUCAAACGGAAAUGGAAACACAUUCACCACCUUAACGCCCGCUGGUGUCCUACAUCAUCAAGCCCUUCCUCACCUCACCGGAGCACACUUGGCUUCCCUCAAACAUCACCAGAAACCAAUGCUCCAGAACCGAAAAAACUCCAACAAAAGCGUUGACAAAGGAACUGAAGAGUACAGAAGACGUCGGGAACGCAACAACAUUGCAGUUAGAAAAUCACGGGAAAAGGCAAAGGUCCGGUCGCGGGAAGUCGAGGAGAAGGUCAAAACCCUGUUGAAGGAGAAAGACGUCCUAUUGCGCCGGCUGGAAGAGAUGACGAAUGAGAUACAACUCCACAAGCAGAUCUACAUGCAGUUGAUGAAUCACAGUAACCCAGAAAUCACACGGAUAUGUCGAAGUUUCCUAAACAUGAGCGAACACGGAAUUUGAGACUGGCUCCCCUCCCUAGUAUCUCCCGCAUGGAACCACUGGUGACAAGAUUGUGAGAUAGGCGAUCGCGAUCGGACGAGAGGUGAGACCCUCCCAAGAAAACUUUCACCUUCCGCGAAGCGAUUGUAUAAUUCCAAACACACGUGUAAAUAGUAGGCAAUUUUUUUUUACUUAGCUUCUUCAAACCUUCUCCUCCACCUCCUACUACUGUUAUGUACAUAAUAUCUCUUAAGCAAUAUCUUUAGCAGACAAUAGUGUGUGAUCCCACGCAUACCAAUACAAUCUCCAACUACUCUCUUAUUGUCGAAUACACAAAAUAUGGCAGUUACCACUUAGUAUAUGUCCGUAGUUACCUAAGCAAUAAUUGAAAAUAAACAGAAAAUAGAAAGUGCCCAAGGAACGUGCAAAAUUUCAAUGGAGUUCUAAUUACACGUGAAGCGGCGGAGACACUCGAUUUCUACAAAUGGCACACGGGGCAAGUAACCACUUUGCGAGCUCGUGGUUGCAUUUGGUGCAUCUUCAGCUAGAACAAUCUAAACGGGAUAUUUUGCACGCUCUUCGGCUGAUUGGGUCUGUGUUGUGUAGAUACUUUGAUAGUGGACCUUAGAAGUAGGUAGGCCUAGGAAAGCUUCAGUUUUAAGAGGACUCUGAUAAGCACUACAUUACAAAAAACUAAAAAAAUUAAACAAAAAAAUGGAGAAAAUGUAUAAAACAAAGCAAUAAUUGUGAACUGAAUAUGUUAUUACCAUCUAGGAUAACUUUUUUUUAUUUUCAUGUUCUAGGUCAUUUAUCACAUAAAUUAAGAUAGCCAAAGAAUGUUUAUAAACAAUUAUUCUGUUUUAUUUUAUUUCUUUUUUUUAAUAUUAUCUGCUGUUUUAAUUUCAAAAAUUUAUCACGUAAUUUUUGAUAUAACAAUUGUUAAAAGAGCAAACACACAUCAUGUGUUUGAAGACUUUUUUCGCUUCCAUUGUCCCCAUGAACAUCAUCCAUUCUUCCCUUUUCAACAAUUCCACCACUGAACCAUUCUUCAUCUGGCACUCAACCAAAUCAUUCGGCGACUCCAUCUUUUCAUUCGAUUUGCUAUUAUUGUUACUAUCCAAGUUAACGUAGAUUCCCCCAUUAUUCACCCCUUUCCUUCUGUCUCCCACUCAUGUUUCAUGCCCGCUUAUUUUUGGUAUAAAUGUUAUUCUUUUUCUCUCCAUUUUCGUUUUUAGUCAGUAGAAACAUUUUUGUCCGGGUGCAAGUGGAAUAUAAAAUUUAAGUUUUUUAUAUUGUUACAUAAAAAUGAUAUAAAAAUGUAAUAUGCAUAGAAUGCAUUGUCUGUAGAUUUUGUUACUAAAUAUAUACAUAUCGGCAACUGAUUUUUGGAAAAAAAGCAGGAGAAAACGACCUUAAAAAUUAUGGGAUGUUAUACAUGUAAAUUUUUCACAACUAUAUAAGCUGUAAAUUUAUGAUAUCUGCAGUAAAUUGCAAUAUGUGCUUUUUAAAAUCAACUGAAUAUAAUGAUAAGAGAAAAUAAUUUUUAAAUAUGUUGUAAUAAA